UUUGUUUUAAAAGGCUUUAACUUUGUAUUUUGUGAACAUGGCUGAAUGCAUUUUUUCAAUAAUGAGUUUUGUCAGUUUAAUUUGUUAAAAACAAUCCAACGUCAAGAGUUUCCUUUUAAUGGCUGCCUCAUUUGUAAGAGAAGAAUUGAAUUUAGUCCUUGUGGGGUUUACGGGAGGCGGUAAAACCAGUACAGCUAAUACUAUCCUAGGCAAGAAAGAAUUUGUAGUAUCACCCACGUCAAAGGUGGCCAGCGCCCAAGGUCAUAGGAUAGGCAUUGAUUUCAACAUAAUAGACACACCAGGUAUAGUGACCACAAAGGAUAUAGAACAGUUUCAUCAAAAUAUCACAACCCGGGAUGGAAUUAAGAUUUGCUUUCUAGUGGUUAUUAAACUAAAACGCUUUACUAACGAAGAGAGUUUUGCCCUCAGUGAAAUGUUACGGAGAAACCCAACAAUGCUCGGAAGAACUGUGGUCAUCUUCACAAAUCUUGGAGAAAUCGAGGACAAAGACACCGUUGUUGAAAGAGCCAUUGACCGCUUUUUGAAAAGAAAUUAUACACUACUUUCUUUUCUGAAAAGGUACAGUCUCUCAUAUGUGGGACUAGAGAACAAAUUUGCUAGCGAAAACGACAAAGAUAAAAGAGUAAAAGUCAUUUUAGAGGCGGUGAAAAAGUACGCAGAUGUCUUGGAAGAAAGCAAUGGGAAGACCAAUACUAAACACGACAGUCAUCCAAAAUCUGAACAAAAUGUCAUCAACAGCGCAAGGUCAGAGGAGGAGGAGAAAGUCUCUAUAGAAGCAAAGGAGCAUCUUAAGGAGAAUGAGAGUCACCAUGGUGACAUGUCAAUAGAUGAUCACGUGGCCAGAAUUGUCCAACAGAAACUAGACAGUGUGUUACCGAUUUUGAAGAAAGAGAUUAGAGAGGAACUUGAAAACCACCUACGAGAUGAAAUACUACCCUCAAUUCGAGAAGAAAUUAAAAGUGAAAUUUUGCAAAAAAGAAUAUCCAAAAAAUGAUUUGAAUUUUUAAAUUGGAUGCCUAAAUAUAUUGCAGUGGUUAUCUGAAUGAUAAUGUUGGAAGUCAAAAAGUAGCUCAUAUAUAGAGAGAAAAAUACAUGCAACUGUGGCAAUGAGUCAUAUUUACAUCCUCAUCAGAGUAUCAAUUAAAACACAUUUUCUUGUUAAAUACUCGUAUAUGGUUAAAAAGGCUUCUUUGUGUUUUCUCUGAAUUGCACAAAAUAAAAUGCGUGAAAAUUGUGUCUUUCCAUGAAUUUCAGUUGAAAGGCGAUAAAAAAAAUGUCUUCAUAUUUAUAGCUGUUUAUUUAUAUCGAUGUUCCCAGAUGUUCAUGUCCAAAAAUAGAGACAUACGUUUGGUUAUUUGUUCAUUGUAAUAUGUUAUGCAACAUGGACGACAAGUCCUUUGUUUAUUAGGGGUGAAGAAAAUUACGUUCUAAAUAAAUUUCAUAAUAACCAAGUAGAUUGCAACAGAGCUAUUGUACGACUCCAUGUCCAUUUAGUAAAAAAUAUACGGUAGUUACUAACUUUCUAGGUACAUUAAUUAUAUUUACCAAAAA